AUGUCUUCUCAAGCGAGUUACGUCCUGACGUGGGACCAGAACAGUAAGCGAACCUUAGCGAGCGCUCAGUUACAGUUCUCGUCGUGGCGUCCGCAGACCGGGCUAGGUCGGCUAGCUUUAGCUCUGAUUAGUGUUCUUGUGGAAACCCAGUUUGCCCAGGUACCUCGUGAUUUGAUCUAUCGGGUGAACCCGGAAAAAGCCGUUUUCCUAUCGCACGAAGGCUGUACAGUAUAUCGCACGGCCAAUGCGCGCCGAUAUCACUCGUCAAGAGACCCGUCCUCAGUCGGAGCAGGUCAAGAGCGGGCGGGGGUGAAGCAGAAAAGGUCGCAGCCGCGCUACCAGGAGGAGGAGGAGGAGGAGGAGGGCGGCUGGCGUGUACCGCACAGUCUAGAGGGCACGAUACAAACGGGGGGAACGACAGCUUUCCUGGCCACAUUUCCAGUCUGCUCUGUACUGGUUUUUCUCCUGAAGGAAUGCUUGAACUCCAUCCGACACAAUCUCUCUCUGCAUAACAAGUUCAUUAAAGUGCACAAUGAAGCUACUGGGAAGAGCUCUUGGUGGAUGCUCAAUCCAGAAGGUGGCAAAAGUGGAAAAGCUCCACGGCGAAGAGCAGCCUCCAUGGACAAUAGCAGCAAGCUGGCCAAACUCCGUGGGAAAACACCCAGGAAGAAACCAGCCAUGACAGUUACUCCAGAACCGACAGCUGACAGCCCAGUCUCCCAGUUUCCCAAGUGGCCUGGCAGCCCUUCUUCCAGAAGCAAUGAGGACUCUGAUGUAUGGACCAGUAUCCGGCCUCGAACCAGUUCGAAUGCCAGCAGUGUGGGGCUUUCUUCAGUUCUGACAGAGCAGGAUGACCUUGCUGAUGAGGAACUCCUCCCUACACUUGUUUACUCCAGUGCAUCCAGCAAUGUGCCUCCCACAGUGACAGAGGAGCUGGAACUCAUUGAUGGCCUGAACCUAAUGUCAGCUAGUUCCUCCUUGCUGUCAAAUCAGCAGCCAGUUUCAAGUGGUGCGACCCAGAGGAAUCCCAAUUUCUCCUUGCGAGCCCCAAGCUCAGCUGCUCAGACCUCCUCGUUUGGCAGCUCCCUCUUCAGCCCCAUUGAUCACUUGCUCCCCAGCUCUGCCAGCCAUUUCUCGCAGUCGCUGGAAGAACUCCUCACAUCCAACUCGCCACCAGCCAGUGAUGUGAUGAUGACACAGGUGGAUCCAAUUCUCCCACAGAGUGGAAGCAGGUUGAACAACCAGAGUUACCUGCUUCUGGGGGACCAGCCAUCCAAACCCAAGAUGAGCUUGGGAAAUCUACUCAGAAAGCCUUUGGAGCAGCCGCUGGAGUCCGUCAGUGCCACCGCUUUGCCAUCUGCCUUUACUAUGGUGGCAUCUUCUCAGAACCCUGUUGGCCUGUCCACUUUGAAGACCUCAGGCUCAGCACAGUCUGCCCAGGUGGUCCAGCUGGGCACCCAGCCCUCUCUGUCUGCUACUUUCCCAACCUUUGAUGGGAAUCAGGAUAAGCUGCCCAAUGACUUGGAUGUUGAUAUGUACAUGGAGGACCUUCAAUGUGAUGUGGAUUACAUAAUCAGCACCGACCUCAUGGAUGGAGAAGGACUGGAUUUCAACUUUGAAUCCAUUCCAUCUACUCCUAGCUACCCUAGCACGUCCCAGGCUUCCAAUCAUAGUUGGGUCCCCAGCUAACUUCAGAUGGACAAAGUGCCCUUCUGCUUCUGGAGCUUUUGCACACCCAGAAGAGUCUGGAAUGCCAGGAGCUCUUGGUGCCUGUCUUUGCCUUGCGAGUGAGCUGGGAGCAAGAGGCAAGCUGCGGUGGGAAGAGAGAGAUCCUGUUAAGUGCCACGUCUUUUCAUGAAUCCAGCAUAAGCCCUCCUCCCAGCAGGAGCCUCAGAAAAGCCUUGGAAAGCGCUUCACCACGGCCAGACUCUUCCUGCCCUGAAGAAGCAUUUUUCAAAUUGAUGUGCUUCAGACCCAGCCAUGAUAGGUCUGUGCUGUCUGAACCCACCAGCCGAUUUCUGCCUCAUCUGUUGUUGGACUUGGUACGCUACGCCUCAGUUGGUGGGACGAUGGUCAGCCAGUCUUGGGGCUGCUUGAGUGGAGAGGUCCUGUCCUUUGUGCUCUUGUCCUGUUCCCGAGAAGAGCAGGUGGGGGGAAAGCCAGCUGCCCUAUGUAGUGAGGAGAUUGCUGAGCUCGUUCGUGCACAUCCUGGCCAAGAGGCCCUUCUGGGAAUCAAGGCCUAGCCUGGCCUUUGGAAGGCCCCACCUGGAUGUGGUCACUGAAAGCACUUUCCUGAAAGCGCGACUGCCCUCGAGCAGGUGCUAAAAGCUGUUGCUGAGAAACCAAAACGCCUUCUCUGGGUUUGUUUCUGUGCUGCAGUAGAGAAAUAGGAAACCCGGAUCUGGCCUUAACCAGAGCCCUGAUCAGUGUCGAAUUUUUUCUUCUUUUUCUAACCUGGAAAGGCAUUUUAUACAGAUGAACUAUUUUGGUGGCGUUUUCUAUCUUUCCCUCUUUAAUAUGGACAGGGACAAGGCUUUUUGUGGUAGCCUUCAGCCCAUUUUACACAUCUCCGCGUUGAGUGCCUUUUCCCCCCUCACUUGGCCUGUCAGCAGCUGUGCUAUUCCAAGUUGUAUCCAGAAUGAGAGGGCAGCUUCUUGGGUGCUUUAUAGCUGGGCAGGGAGGAGGGAAAGGGGCACCAAGCUAGCCUUGUUCUUUGGAACUGGGGUAGGUGAGGGGGCUGUAGAUAAAUACCUGUAAAGUUAGCAGCAGAUUAACUAGAAGCUUUUGUUAAACAAAAAAGGGGGGAGGGGGGGGAAAUCCUGUCUAUAUUUUAACAGAAAAUCCUAUGAAAUGAUUGACUAAAAGUAAAGGGCCUUUUCUUACAGCUUUGUAAGUUUUGAUACCAGAGAGAACACUAAAGCACACAAUGCUGGGAAUUGAUCUGAAGAUGGGAUGAUGGGAAAAUGGGUGGGGGCAAGGGGUGGUGUUUAGAUAAGACUCAGAGGCCCCUCCUCCAAGGAAGGGGGAGUCCUAGCUCCUGGAAGCACAAGGUUGAUAAUCUUGUAUUCCCAGCAGGAGUCUUGGCGUGGUCUAAGCCUUGGAACAGCAAGGUUGCAGCUGCCACUUUGCUACUUUGGAGCCCUUGACCUCUUGGUGCAGAAAGCUGUCUGUGGGAGGGCCACAGCUUACCUCUGUCUGAUGACUGACAGCUUGGGGGUGGCUGGGGGUGCUUAGGGUUGACUUUGCUGUGGAGCCCGGUUGGCAGUGCUCAGAGUAUAGCUCUGAUUGCAGGGUGGCAGUUGCUUUGUCAUGGGCAUCCAAUGUGUUCCCAGGCUGAUCUGGCCUCUCCUGCAAAGACCAGGGUAGUUAGCGUUGCAGAAAUAAAGUGCGAGGAACUUUUUCCCAGCAUUAUUCCUCCUCAACAAGGGGAGACGGUGUGGGCUCUAUUCUGCCAUGGGCACACUUGGAGAUUCACCAGCAGGGUUGGAAAGGGAGGGGAAAUAAGAGUUCCUGGAAGGGCAGACGACACAGGUCCUUCAACAAGUUCGUUUUCAGACUUCCUUCCAUUAUCUUCCUACAGUUACUGAAAGCCAUUUGUGGUGAGGGUGAGGAAAGGCAAAAGAUGUCUGCAUGGAAAUGUGUGCAGUAGGUUACGCUUACAGCAAACCAUAGGUGUAUUCGUAUCCAAGCCAGCCCUCACAGUUCUUUCAUGGAAUGGUACUUUUGCAGAAGUUGGCUAAGUUGAAAAGGAAGGGGUGUCAGUUGAGAGAGAUGGUGCCCUGGCCUUCCACUGUCAGAAAGCUAUUAUGCCAGUUUGCUCUCUCCAAGCAAGACCUAGUUAAUUAUGGGAAUAUACUGCUCCCCUCCCCUCCUUUGCAUGGAGCAUUGUAGACAGAAGGGGCCUUGAUUAGGAUCAGGGAGAAGCUAGAACUGCUGUGGCCCCGAGGCCUUGCGUUGGGCUGCAAGAAGAGAUACAGAUGUAAGUCACAGCCUGUAUAUCAGGUGUGUAUAAGUCUGUUAAGAAUUGCCACGCAUCUGAUUUUCCCCCUGCAGCUGCACUAAUAGGGGUCCAUAGGGCAUCCUGCCCCAUAAAGGUAUCAGAACCUUUGGGUUGUUUUUAUUCAUCUGUACCCUGCGUAAAGGAGAAACCGGUCUUCGUGAUAUAAUAUGACCUGUGCUUUCGGGAUAUCCUGCCUUCAAGGAGAGCAUGUUUCUGCUUUGAAUUAAAGAUGAAGGUAGUUGUCUUCUGUGGCAUGAAUAAUGGGAUCUGCUGGGAUCCAGGACAAGAUGUCUGUUCGAUCUUUAUGCACAGCCCAUGGGGGCUUGCUGAGCUGUUUCCACCAGGAUGUUGGUAGGGAUCCGGAGUCCUCUAAAUGCAGAUAGACUUCAACUCCACUUGUGUGCUUUGCUGAUGAGGCUUUUGCUCAUCGGAGUCCCAGACCAUUUGGAGUUGUAGGUCUUCAUUUGUGCCUAGCUUGAGGAGAAAUCUUCAGGCUGGCCUCUUUCCAGGGCAGAGUGAUGAGGGGGGUUGUACCUGCCUUGGUGGAGGCCACAACGUAUUUGAAUUCUCCUGCUUGUCCCUGGGAGGGAUUGGGGGUUCAGAGGGGAGCUGUUGAAGAGCCAUUGUGCCUGAGGACUUGACUUCCCCCCUGAAUAAACUGUUUAUUCUGUUGCUCUGUCCCCUUGAGCAACAGAAUCACUGUCCAGGCAUUCUAGUGUCUCUCCCUUGUCCCAGCCCCCCUUCCCCUAAGUUUUUGUGGAUUUGCUGGAGGGCAAAAUGUGACAAAUAAACCUUUAUAAUCAUC